GUAAGGGGACCGAAGAGGAAAAGUGCUUUGGUGCCUAUACUGUAAAGGUGCUGGUUGACAAUGCUAAUUCUUGGUGGGUAACAUAAGAUUAAGACAUCGUUCAACACGCUUAGUUAUUUUUAGUAUGAUUGUUUUGACCACGGUUAACAGCUCUGGGCUAACCCACAAAUUCAUCAGUAAUGUUAACUGUAUCAUAGAUAGACGACUAAUCUAAUGGUAAUUUAGCCAGCUAGCACACCCCUGUCUGUCUGCCUCCCUCUCCUGGCGCUGCAAGGCUUCAGUCGGGAUGAGAGCUGGCAACAGAAAGAUGUGGUAGCAUUGGAUCUGGACGGGAAGGAUAACUCUCGGAGUUGGAAGGGGUCGUGAUUCUGCCUUCUCACUCCGCGACACAGGGCGGAGUGUCCAGCUAGUAAGAUCUUGACCGUGGAGUAUCCCUGUGUCAGAGCUGGGGGGAAGAACAGAACUUGUUUCAGGAGGAAAUGCUGUGACGGAUUCAGGUUUGUGAUGGGCCAGUGCAUACCCGAAAGCGUGGAUGUGUGUGCAGCAUCGCCCUGCGAGCAGCAGUGUACUGAUAACUUUGGACGAGUUGUCUGCACAUGUUACCCCGGCUAUCGCUUCGACCGAGAGAGACACCGCAACCACAAAUCUCCUUACUGUCUGGACAUUGAUGAGUGUGAGCAUCCAGACAGCAGCAUGUGUGACCAUGAGUGUGUGAACACAGUGGGCAGCUUCCUGUGUCGCUGUCGCAGUGGCUACAUACUCGCACCGGACCAACGCUCCUGCAUCCCUGUACACAACUUGAGUUCAUCGGGGAAGUCAGACACCCUGAUGAGUGCUGGCACCUGCUCGUUCACCUGUCAGGAUUUUAUGAACAUGAAAAACAGCCUGCUGCAGCUAAAACUGAGGCUGGGCAACACACAGUCACCCAACCAGGUACCUGGCCUGGCCAACAGCAGUGACAAGCCGUCUCUGGGGAGGGCAGGAAAAAGUCCUGAUAGCCCUUGUCUUCCUGGUUUACCCGGCCCUCCAGGAGCUCCUGGGGUCCCAGGACACCCAGGAGAACCAGGAAAGAGAGGGGACCCAGGGGAAGGGGGCCCACCUGGUCCUCGGGGGCCACGGGGAGACAUGGGACCCAUGGGUCCAGAGCCAGACCUGAAGCACAUGAAAAGAGGCCGCAGGGGGCCAGUGGGACCCACUGGGGCAACAGGAAGAGAUGGACUAAAGGGUGACAGAGGAGCUCCAGGUCCCAGAGGUCCACCUGGACCACCAGGCUCCUUCGACUUCCUUCUGCUAAUGAUGGCUGACAUCCGCAAUGACAUAAUUGAACUGCAGGAGAAGGUGUUUGGGGAGCGGCGGGGCAUCUCUAUGGAAAGUCCUCCUCAUUCCAGCGGGGAAAUGGAUUUUGUAGAGUGGGGCUCUGGACAAGGAGAUCUCCUGCUCAGUACCUGACCUUUGACAUCCCACACACAGUAACAUUCUCUCAAACCCAGCAAAAGAAACACCAAACUUAACUCUUUAUUUCUUUGUUGAUAAAGGAUGCUGGUGGUCAAAGUGCCAACGUGUAAAUAAUACCAAACCACACAGCUGGGAUGGACUGGGCAAGGAGCCUUGAUUGCAUUUUCGACACUGCCACAGACAGUAAAACCGAGAGAUAUACGGAUUAUAAAAAAAACAGUAAUUGGACCAAAGCCUCUCUUAACCACUGCAAGCACUGUCUGGCUGCGUUUCAUAUGCUGUGGUGUGAGUGAGGGGUGUGUGUGCAGGACAUAGAGGGAGAACGAUGCAGUUCCUUUAUGUCUGAGUCUGAGCUGAACCACUUCAAACGAACUUUAUCGUCUACAUCUCUUCCUGUUCCUGAGUCUGCCCAUGGAAGCUCUGCUGUCACUGACUGUUUGCCUGCAGGGCGUUGGUACAAAGACCCAGGACCCGCACUGCGAGCCUCCCCUGCACCUGCCUGCAGUAUCAAGUCUGAGCUCUGCAGCUAUUCUCUACUCUGAGGCAUCUUCAGAAACUAAUUCAUGAGAUUCAUGGGUUUUACAAUCAUGUUGCCUACUGUUGGACAAAAACAGUCUGAUGUAUUUUUGAAAAUGUACAAUUAAACAACGUCAAGUGUGAUAAACA